AUCUACCUACCUAUCUAUCUACCUAUUUAUCUGUCUAUCCAUAUAUAUAAUCGAAAAUGUAUAUAAAUGUAUAAUUCACUUAUCUGAUAUCCAUUUCAAUAAUCAUACUACCUUUACAAUAGUUGUGAAAUAUGUUACUUAAUUAUAAAUUACAUUGGUAUAAUUUAUUAUUGUAUAUUGUUGAAACUGGAUUAUUAAUAAAUGCCAAACCAUACCAUCUAUCAUAUAAACCAGAUGAAACUAUAAUUAAACCAUGUCGAUCAGGUACAGCAUAUUGUAUGUUUGGUGAUUGUACAAAAAUUUGGCUUAGAAAAAAUAAACAUGUAGAUAUUAUUAUUGAAUGUCAAUGUUGGCCUGGAUAUUCUGGUGAAUGGUGUAAUAUUUAUCCACCUGAACAUAAACAUUGGGAUGGUUUAUUACGUACAGAGGAUAAAGAUGAAAUUACUCCAAUUAUAAAUGCUAAACAUACUACACCUCAUACUACUUUGGAUAUAUGGCAUGAACAAAGUCUUCAAUAUGCUGGAUAUUUAGUAAAUAAACAUCGUGAAUCAAUUGAAGAUAGAUUAAAGAAUAAAUUUCUUGUAUUUCAUAAUAGUUUGUUAAAUAAUCUUGAAAAUAAUAAUAUACCAAAGGAUAAAUAAAGUUUCAUAUGUUUACUUACAAUAGAAUUUUCUACUUUGAUUAUCCUUUCUAAUUAAGCUGUUAUUAUUUGUUUACAACAAGCUUAUUAUGAUCUAAAAUCUUAUAAUUUAACACUUGAAUAGGUUAAACUAUUGUUUGUAUAGACCUUAAUAAAUGUAAUGUAACUUAUUAGUCUAUAUCUCCUAAUUUGUUUACAUUAAUCAUAAGCGAAUAUUUGUAAUUUAUAGUUUAUUAUAUAAUUAUAUCCUAUGCUUCAUAUAAAUAAUUUACACUUGAAUUCUUAGAUUUCAUUCCUAUUUUGGUAUAGACUACUAGUUAGAAAGGCUAAUCCUUAGACAAACUGUAAGGUUCAGAGGCUAAUAAACA